CGGAUCAUGAUGAAAGCUUCAUUUCUGCUGGCGGCUCUUGCAGGCUGCGUCGCUGCGGACGAUGUCUUGUACAGCAGCCGCCUGCUCAAGCGGGCAAUAGACGACCAAGGGCACUUCAACAUGUCCUUCUUCCACGUCAACGACGUCCACGCCCAUCUCGACCAGUUCGUCAAAGCAGGCACCGACUGUCUCGAUGCCUCCAAGGGCUGCUUCGGCGGCUACGCCCGCAUCAAGACCAAGGUCGACGAGCUGCGCUCCGCCCACCCGGACCAUCUGUGGUUCAGCGCCGGCGACGAGUUCCAGGGCACGCUGUUUUACUCGUUCUACGGCGGGGAGAAGAUUGCCGAGACGAUGAACGAGCUCAAGUUCGACGCCAUGACGCUGGGGAACCACGAGUGGGAUGGCGGAGACGAGAAGCUGGGCGCCUUUUUGAAGAACCUGACGUUUCCUAUCGUGUCGUGCAAUGUGAAGAGCGAGUAUCCCGAUCUCAGGGACAAGAUCAAGAACUACCACGUCUUUGAGGAGUACGGGCUUGCCAUCAUCGGGGCUUCUACGCCGACGACGCCGACGAUUUCGCACGUCGGGCCGUUGACGGCGUUUCUCGAUCCCGUGGAGGAAGUGCAAAAGGCCAUCUGGGAGAUUCGCAACACGACGGACAUACGACGCAUCGUGGCCCUGACACACAUCGGCUACGACGUGGACGAGCAGCUCGCCGCCCGGACAGAGGGCCUGUCCCUCAUCAUCGGCGGCCACAGCCACACUCUCCUGGGCGACAUGGACGGCGCGCAGGGCAAGUACCCAACCAUUGUGCGAGACCUGGCCGGCAACGAGGUGUUUGUCGUGACGAGCUACCGCUGGGGAGAAUACCUCGGCGAGAUUUCGCUUACCUUUGACGACGACGGCAGGGCUCUUGCGUAUCGCGGCGCGCCGAUCCACAUGGACAACACGACGGAGCUGGAGCCGCAUCUCCAGGCGGAGAUUACGGCGUGGAGAGGCCCCUUUGAAGAGUACGCCAACGAGGUCGUGGGCACGGCGGAACACACGCUUGAUCAGACGGCCUGCCAGAGUGGCGAUUGCCUGCUGGGCGAGGUCAUGGCCGAUGCCGCCUUUGAGUAUGCGUACAGCCUCACCGCGGACGCUCCCGAGGACCAGAGGCCCGUCUUUGCGCUCAUCAAUGCGGGCGGCGUGCGGGCGACCAUUGAUGCGGGCGACAUCACGCGCGGACAGGUCAUCACUUCGUUCCCCUUUGGCAACGCCGUGACAGUGCUCAACUACUCGGGCGAAGAUUUGCUCAAGAUCCUGGAAGGGUGCGUCUCGCGCGUGAACCAGUUUACGAACCAGAAGCUGUCUUCGUGGGUUCAGAUCUCGCAUAGCCUGCGCAUUUCGUACAAUCCCUCGAAUCCGCCUGGCUACAUGCUUGCAGAUGCCAGGAUCUCGGGGCAGAGCAUUGACCCUGAGAAGGAGUAUGUGAUUGCCACUGUGGAUUUCGUUGCCGGGGGAGGGGAUAACAUCCUACCCAAGAGGACUGACUUCGUCGUGCUGGAUACGUUGGACGAGGUUCUCGUUGAGUACAUCCAGGCAAAGACGCCGUUGAAGAAUGCGCUUGAGAAGAGGGUGGUCAAGCUUGGAAAGUGCACCUACAAGACGCAAAAGGUGUUUUCAGCUUGACUGCCU